AUGGUAGAAGAUUCCUUGUCCGCUAGUGAUUACGAGGGCCUGUGUCCCUUAUGUGAGGAGGAUGGAGAUGGGCUUUACCUAGGACUUGGAGUCACUGAGAGAGAGAGAGAAGUAGAUGAAGAAAGAGAAGAGACAGAGCUAAAAAGGGAGCAGAGCAAAGAUGAUUGGAUUAAAGGAGAUGAACUUGCAGGUAAAGGGAUCAAUGAAGAAGGAAAGCAAAAUGGUAAAAAAAAAGAGAAGGGAAAGGAAGGAAUGGUGGAAGAAAAGCAGGAGACGACUGUACAUGAUGAUGAUGAUGAUGAUGAUGGCGACGACUAUGGUCAUGAAGGUGAGGAGGUGGAGAUGGAUAAAGAGAGUAGACCAGAAGAGCAGACUGAAGUCAAAAAGGGUGAUGGAAAGGAGGGGUUGAGCAGUGACCGGGUUCAUCAGCCAGUGAGAGAGGGGCGUGUUCUACAGCUGGACCCUGGCUGUCCAGUAAACCUGGUAAUGGUAUGUGAGGAGUCUGUCGAGAGGUGUCCAAUGGGUCAGACCCAGGAACCAGCCCUCAUUCCUGUGUCUGAGGCGCCAUGUCUUGGGAAGCGUAUGUAUGGUAGUAGCCCAUCUAUGGAGCCCACAACCCUUGUUGCCCCUGGUCAGUUGGAGGUGACUUUGAGGCAGGUGUACACUACGCGCUGCUACACUCGCUUCAGUGGCCAGCCUGCACAACAGCAGCCAUUACCAUCAGUCCCACCAGACAGCAGCACUCAGCCCUUGGCAUACAUCACCAGCAGUCCUCUACAGCCAGCUGCACCCAAGAAGAAAAUUCGCACUUCCUACACCACUGAUCAGUUGGAGGAGUUGGAGAGGGUGUUUCAAGAUGAUCAUUACCCCGAUGCAGAGAAACGGAAGGAGAUUGCAAUAUCAGUUGGUGUCACACCCCAAAGAGUCAUGGUGUGGUUUCAGAAUCGUCGUGCCAAGUGGCGCAAAAUAUCCAAAGCCAUAGUGAAGAAGCCACCUGAGAGCAGGCCCAUGGCUCCGGCACCUGUCCACAGGCCUCCUGUGUUCCCAGGUCCUGCUUUUGCACCUCUACCUCCCCAAACUGGAAACGCACUCCCUCCUUACAGCACCCUCUUCACUAACUCCAGGAGCCCCCCAGGCAACAUGGAUGCAGGCACUGCCUGUGUUUCUCAUGGGGGAUCAUUGGACUACAUACCCCCAGUCAUGCAGAGUCCGCCUCCUCUGCGCCGUGCCUCCUUGCCCUACUUUGCUGCGUAUAACCCCCCCACACACAUGCUGUCUGUGCUGCUGGACACUUCAGAGCACAGUGAGCCUCAGGUCCUCAGCCUGCACACAGACCAUGGGUUUGACUAUGAUGCUGCUGGAUCUUCUACUAGGCAUGAGUCUGGUCCUGGAAAUGCUCAGCCUUUCCCACUUAACACAUGCACCCAGCAGCACAGCACCUUAUUGCCUCAGCAACCUAACCCUCUCUUUGCUGGGCGAUCAGAUUGCUUUGUUGGGCAGUCCCACCCGCUCCUGCCGCAGUACUCCCGCCUAUCUUACUUCACCCCCUCUCCGUACCUAACCCCCAGCCCCAGCGAGGGCACCACUGCCUCCACUGUGCCCCUGAACCCAGGCACCAGCAGUGGGCUACUUGCCUGCUCUACUGGAGGACAUGCCUAUUUCCAGUACCCAAACAGCAACCAGAUACUACUGCAGUCUGGGGUGCAGGCAUUUCAGGCCUACGCGUGGGCUGGUGAUGCGUGUGGUCAUUCGGGUCAGUUUCCACCUGCGGUCCUGAGGCCACAGUUCACUUCUCAAAGUCAUGAAGGCCACUAUCCUCCACUACUCCCACCCCAGCACUAUGCUGUUCCUCCAAGAGCAUCAUGCCCCAGCCUGUCCAAGUCUACCCCCUCUGAUCCCAUGCUGAACAGCACCAAACCCGAGUUGGAGGAUGCAGCACAGAGCCAGCAAGCCAGAGUCAGUGAGGCAGAGACUGUUUUCCACUGUGACUUCUCCCCCAUUCACUUCUGA